AUGCAGAAGCCUUUCCUGCUGCUGCUGCCCUUAGCAUCUGUUAGCUGCGCCUACACCAGCUGCUUCUUGCUGCCAACGACGCCGCAGCAGCAGCACCAGCAGCAGCAACUGCAGCAGCUGCUGCUACUCCGGCCUUCCGUAUCUGCAGCACUGCAGCCUCGAGCCAUGACGAGCUCAAGGACCCCAGCGGCGCCUGCAGCAGCAGCAGCAGCAGAUGGUGGUGCUGCAGUUGGCGUCCCUGCAGCAGCAAACUGCAACACAUCAAGCGCCUCAACAAGUGCAGCAGCAGCAGCAGCAGCAGACACAGAGAAUCAAGACGCUGCCCCUACAGCGUCGGACACAGCAGCCGAGCCAGCUGCAGCAGCAGCGCCAGCUGCAGCAGCAGCACCAGCUGCAGCAGCAGCACCAGCUGCUGCAGCAGCUGCAGCAGCAAAAGGGCUGCUUAGGAGAUACGCGGCCUGCAAGAGCUGGAAGCGCAACAAGGCGGAAGUCAUCGAAAAAUGGAUGCGCGAGAACAAUCUGCCCUUUGUGGCGCUGGACAAAGUCCCCCCAGCAGCUUGGGGCUUCAUGGACUUUGAAAGCAAGGAGCAGCUGGCAGCAUUUGAGCGGGCGACGGAGCGGCUGCCGUUUAGAGGCAACUUAAUAUACCUGCACAAGGCCAGGUCUCGCAGCAAUAAGCAGCAGCAGCAGCAGCAGCAGCAGCAGGGGCAAGAGGAGCAGCAGCAGCAGCAGCGUGAGGGCAAAGCAGACAGGAAGCAAAGCAAAGCUCCAGACAGCGAAGGGCCUCCCCCGAAGAGGCGCCAGACGCAGGCCGGCAACGCACGGCCAGCAGCAGCAGCAGCAGCAGCAGCA